AUGUCAACAGAGACAGCUCUCUCGGACAUGUCCAAGCCACCCUUCUACGUGAAGACGAGCGAGAAGAGACCAAUACCCGUGCGGGCGCUACAUGAACACCUGGAUGGAGACAUCGAGGUCGAAAGCAGACAAUCUGUCGAAGAACUCGUCUACGUCCCGAACACCGCCGUGGAGAAGCGAAUGAUACGAAAGGUAGAUCUGCAUCUCAUCCCUAUACUUGGUGCACUCUACAGCUUUGCCCUCAUCGACCGAUCAAACCUAGGGUAUUUGUACGUCUCGGGAAUGGACAAGGAUCUGGAGAUGUACAAGGGCUCCCGAUAUUCUAUCUGCCUCACUGCUUUUUUCAUCCCGUAUAUCAUGCUUGAGAUACCCGCUAACAUUGCGAUUCGAAUCUUUGGUGCAUCGAGGUGGCUGAGUACCAUUGCGUUGCUAUGGGGAAUCACAAUGUUUUCUAUGAGCUUUAUCAACACAUGGCAAGGCAUUGCUGGAACAAGAGCAUUGCUAGGGGCUCUAGAAGCUGGAUUCUUCCCUGCGUGUGCCUAUCUCAUUUCAUGCUGGUACACACGCAAGGAAAUGCAGCUUCGCUUGGCGUGCUUUUAUCUCAUGAGCGUGUUGGCUGGAGGAUUCGCCAGUAUACUCUCUUAUGGACUAUAUAAACUAGAUGGCCGUAAUGGACGUGCAGGCUGGAGAUGGAUCCUGUUCGUAGAAGGACUUAUAACUGCUGGUUUGGCAAUUGCAGCAUAUCUAUUGAUCGCGGACUUUCCAGACAAGAACCGCUUCCUCAGCGUCGAAGAAACGAAGCUUGUGAUUCAACGCAUCAAUGCUGACAGAGGAGACGCCGAAUAUGACCAAAUGACAUGGUCAAAACUACGCGCCUACCUCUGCGACUUUAAGAUCUGGGUGUUUGGUCUCCUAUUCUUUGGGAGUACUGUGCCCUCUUACGCAAUUGCAUCUUUCUCACCUAUCAUCCUCAUGGGACAAGGGCAUUCUAUUGUAGCCUCGCAGCUGCUUUCUGCACCACCAUUCUGCGCGGCUGUCGUCUACGCACUCAUCUCUGCCUAUGCAUGCGACAAGACCGGGGCGCGGAGUGCGUAUAUCAUCGGCCAAGCCAUCCUCUGUGUUGCUGGCCUAAUGAUGAUUGGCUACGCCAAAACCUAUAAUGUGAGAUAUGCCGGAUUGUUCUUGUCAUUGAUGGGCUGCCAAGCGAAUAUACCCGCCGUACUUGCAUAUCAAUCCACUAACAUUGUUCGUCAAUCUAAACGGGCAAUAUCAAACGCAACCGUGAUUGCGUUCGGAGGCGUUGGUGGCAUCUACAGUGCAUUUACUUUUCGAUCACAGGACUCGCCAGACUAUAUCCCUGGGCUAUGGGCGACAUGCGCUUGUGAGUUCUUGAUUGUCGCCUUGACGCUAUGGAUGGCAUACUACUUUGCGAGAGAAAACCGGAAGCUGAAACGCAAGCUACGGGGUCCAAUCGAGGGUACAGAAGGGUUCUAUUUCACCAUCUGA